AUGGCCGCUGCCUGGAAGCGCGCCCUGCUGGUCCUGCUGGCCUCGCAGGUGGUGUCCUCGGCGAGCUCCUCGGACGAGGACGACGUCCCCGAAGAGUGGCUCCUCCUGCACGUUGUGCAGGGCCAGAUAGGAGCCGGGAAUUACAGCUACUUGAGGUUAAACCACGAGGGGAAGAUUGUUCUCAGGAUGCGGAGCUUGAAGGGAGACGCAGACCUGUACGUGUCGGACAGCACGCUCCACCCGAGCUUCGACGACUACGAGCUCCAGUCCGUCACGUGCGGCCAGGACGUGGUGUCCAUCCCUGCGCACUUCCAGCGCCCCGUGGGCAUCGGCAUCUACGGGCACCCGUCCCACCACGAGAGCGAGUUCGAGAUGAAAGUGUACUUCGACCGCAGGGUCGAGCAGUCCCCGUUCGCCGAGGUCGCGGUCUUCGACGGCAGGGACCCGGCGCACAGGCACGCCCACGCCCCCGAGGAUGCGCCCCAGGAGGAGGAGUCCGUGCUCUGGACCAUACUCAUUAGUAUUCUGAAACUGGUACUCGAAAUCCUGUUUUGAUUCACUGAACAUGCUCUGGAGGCUCAUCCCCGUAACCUGUGAAGUUGACUGCAGUUCUCUCUGAAUCCAGCUACCCUGAUCUGGUGGAAAUUGUGGUUACUUCUGAUUGGGGGAUGGAAAAAUAAAGCCAUACAGUUUUGUUACCUCAUAUACCCCACAAGUAGGGAAA